UCUGAUAAGAAGUGGCGCGCGCGAGCUCUUGGCCUGCCACGUGCUCACGGGUCUCCCACACACUCUUAUACACACACGCACACACAUACACAUGGAGCGAGCGCUGAGCUCACGGAGAUGCGCGCUGUAGUGUGACACACACGGAGAAGAGGGAGAGAGGGAGAGAGAGAGAGAGGGAAAGAGAGAGAGGGGGAUCAGCAGUUCUGGACUUUUCUGGACGCGUUUUUAAUCAUUUGGAGCAGCCAAAGUCAUCCAGCUCUGCCUUCAGCUCCUCAGACAAAGAUCUCCGCUCAUGGAGUCUCUGAGCUCGCCCCUGCCCGCGGUCCGGGACUCCGGCUCUUCCCCGCGGCCCCCGGCGGAGCUGCAGUCUUUCCCGGGUGGCGGUGGCGGUGGCGCCUCGCUGAAGGCCAACCAGGUGAGCGAGACGUGUCUGUACGGCGUGCCGAUCGUGUCUCUGCUGAUCGACGGCCAGGAGCGCCUGUGCCUGGCGCAGAUCUCCAACACGCUGCUGAAGAACUACAGCUACAACGAGAUCCAUAACCGGCGCGUGGCGCUGGGCAUCACGUGCGUGCAGUGCACGCCGGUGCAACUAGAGAUCCUGAGGCGCGCGGGCGCCAUGCCCGUGUCGUCGCGCCGCUGCGGUAUGAUCACGAAGCGCGAAGCCGAGCGCCUGUGCAAGUCUUUCCUGGGCGCGCACUCGCCGCCCAAACUGCCCGAAAACUUCGCCUUCGACGUGUCGCACGACUGCGCGUGGGGCUGCAGGGGCAGCUUCAUUCCAGCGCGCUACAACAGCUCGCGGGCCAAGUGCAUCAAGUGCGCGCACUGCGGCAUGUACUUCUCGCCCAACAAGUUUAUCUUCCACUCGCACCGCGCGCCCGACUCCAAGUACACGCAGCCGGACGCGGCCAACUUCAACUCUUGGCGCCGCCACCUCAGACUGAGCGACAAGGGCUCGUCGGAGCACGUGUGCCACGCGUGGGAGGACGUCAAGGCCAUGUUUAACGGCGGCAGCAGAAAGAGGACGAUUCCGCUCAGCGGCUCCCAGCCGGCCUCUCCGCUGACGGCGCGCGGGGGCGGAGGCGCUUCCCCGGAGCUCGCGCGCAAAACGCCGCGUUGUAGUGGCGGCAGCGCGGACGACGAGCGCCCCAUCCCGGGCGUGCGCGCACCCUCUUACCCGCUCGUGCCUCUGCCCAGCAAAGGCUUCGGCGCUCUGCACAAGCUGCACGCGCCUUUUUUCCCGCAUCCGUACGGAGGCUUCCCCACGUUCGGCGCGUGCCAGAAGAAGGAGGGCAGCGGCGUUGGCGGCGAAGACGGUGGCGCGAGAGACACGCACAAGGCAGCUACAGCGGCUGCGGCAGCGGCUGCUGCGUUCUGGCCUGGCGCCAAGGAUACGGCGCUUUACCCGGCUUUCCCGGUGUUCUGGCCCGCGGCGGGCGGCCUGCACGUGCCCGCUUAUCCACACCAGCAGGUGCGCGCCAAGGAGCUGGCGGUGGAGACGCGCGAGAAUGAGCGAGGAGGAGUAGGAGUAGCAGUAGCAGUAGGAGUAGGAGGAAGGAGCCCACCUGGAGAGCGUGAGCGCUGGACCGACGAGGACAGGUCCGAGGAGGUGAGGUCGCGCGACAGUCACGUGAGUCACGUGAGUCACGUGAGCCAUGUGUCGGCCUUUAGGCCAGUACUGAGGGACGCGGAGAGCAUCGCCAAGCUGUACGGCCACCGAGAGGCGCGCGCCGCUGGACCCCCGGCCGGUCACCUGUCCCCGGAGCUCGCAAGCUCCAGCUCCAGCUACAGGUCAGUGUCUCCUGAUGUGGACAGCGCGGAGGAGCCGGACGUGGAUGUGGAGUCAAACAGAGCGCCGGAGGAGGAGGAAUCCCACCAGAGCCCACUGGGACAAACCUCGAACCGGGCGGGAGAGGAGGAGCCGCAGAGCAGGAGAGCGAGCAGCCCGGAGCCCAGAGAGCCAGGAUCCACGGAGGAGGACAAGACCGGCCAGGACAGAGACACCCCCGCGUGCGAGGUGUGUGAGAAGGAUGCUGCUGUGUGUUUGAACCCUGCUCCUGUUCCAGCCCCCAGAUACCCCCUCAGCCCACCUCCACCAGCACACGAGUCUCACAGAUCGAGUAAAGGCUCAGUGGAGGAGAGUGAAGGCCAGCAGGUCUGUCAGGAUCAGCUGAAGGAGAGUGGGACGGACGCUGCUCUGCGGACUGACAGCAGAUUUCAGUUCAUCGGGAAAGACAUUGAGAAAAUGGCGAAAGAGGAGCUCCAGAAACAGCUGGUGGAGCAAAUGGAGCUCAGAAAGAAAAUGGAGCGAGAAUUUCAGAGUCUGAAAGAUCAUUUUCAGGAUCAGAUGAAGAGGGAGUUGUCCUACAGAGAGGAGAUGGUGCAGCAGCUGCACAUAGUGCGAGACACUUUGUGCAACGAGUUGGAUCAAGAGAGAAAGGCUCGUUAUGCAAUUCAGCAGAAGCUUAAAGCUCACGACGCUCUACACCACUUCUCCUGUAAGAUGCUCACCCCUCGCCACUGCACGGGGACCUGCACCUUUAAGCCGCCUCUACUACCACCUUAACCAGCACCAUGACUGCUUUAUACAUCCACCAAAACCAAGAGACCUCUCCAAGGAACACCCGCUCAGUCUUAUUCAAAACAAACCUUCCUUAUGAACACAAUGACCUUUCUAAGAACUACAGAUGAGCAAGCUUCUCCAACAAUGAUGGAACAGUAAAUUCUGCUUAAAUGGACAUUUAUCUGGACAUCAAGAUGCUGCAGAAAUCCACAAGCCAGCAAAGUGGAUGCCAGUGGUUGAGAGCAAAAUAGCUGAAUUGUUAUAAAUACAUGUAUCAUAGAAUGAUAAUAUAUGUACAAUAGAAUGAAAUUGUUCAAAGCUGUUUGUUUUUCUUAAGAUGCCACAAACACAUAAGGUGGCAAUGUGCAAUGUGAAUUUCACAAGCUGUAAUUCUUAAAUGUUCAUUAUUUAUGUGUUUUUACAUUCUUUUUGGCUUCAGACUGAUUGACUCACUGACGUGCUCUCUCAGAUGUAUAUGUAUAAGCACUUUAAAUGGGAAAAAAGAUGAGAUCUAUCUAAUCCAAAUUUAAUCUACCUUUAAAUCUCGCAUAUUUAAAUCACUCAUUUUCCCAUCUGGCUGUGUACAGAGUAAGAAUUUUGACCCGAGCACUUAGUCCGUUUUCCCCCAUGAACACAGCUCAGACUUUUGGGAAAUGGCAUUAUUCUCCAUAUAUGUGAUUCCUCUGCUGUGUACUAUGACUUUUGGAGUGUGCUUUCAAGAUUUAAAUGAUCUCCUUCUUCAUUAUUCAAUAAAAGUUCCAUUUGA